CUGCCAACCUUCAGGACGUCCUUCGCCUUCAGCUGGAGGGAGCAUGGCAGUGAACCAGGGAGAAGGGACCCUCUGCUUUGUCCUCCUGCUGUGCUGCUGGCAAGAAACCGAGCUCCGGCCGAGAAUUGCGACUCCAGGUUCAACUACUGAAAUACCAUUCAGUUCAAAACAUGAGGAUGUGCCUGAAUUAUUAGAUGAAAUUCUAGUCCAGGAGAUUUUGGAUCUGAAUAAAACAUCAUGGACUGAAAUGCCAAGCACAGCAACAACAUUGUCAACAAUACAUGCUGGUAUUGAUGAGAAUUAUCAAGCUGGUGGUUCUGAGAAUUAUCAUGAAUUAUUAGAGAAUUUACAAUUCUCUUCUGGCACUGAGGACAAAGUUUCCAGUGAUGAAGCCAGUGCUAAUGCGAAUCUCCACGGCGAUCCUUCUGAGAAUGACAGUGGCCCACAGGUGUCUCCUGGCAGUGAGAAGAGAGUUUCCAGUAAAGAAAAGACGAAUUCAAAGAACACUGAGUAUGAAAAUCUAUCCUUUCUGGACAAAAUCCUUCAAAAUAUUGGAAGAUCUUCAGGAAACAUUUUCCAUAACGAGCAGCAGAGGACCAGCGCUCAGAGGAGGAGCCGAGACAGUCAGUGAGGCCACAGCCCCAGAGCCCCUGCACAGGAGACGAGCCUGCUAGAACCCCCACGCACCAGCCUCUGGAACAGGGCACUUGUGUGCACAUGCCCACAUUCUCUGAACCAUUCCACAUAAAGGAAAAUUGUUUAUUCACAC